UGGUGACACUGGAGCGGCAGACUAUGGGAGUUCGGAGCGCAAACGAUCGACACAGUUUUUCCUGUCCGAGUACUGGGGGCGGCGCAGUAGCUUCCUUCCUGACCCCCCGGUGAACAAAUCCGAACAGACGAACCGAGCAGCUGAAUGCAACUCACACGCCGGUAAGGAUAGCGGAGGAAAUCUGCGAUCGAGCCUCUGCAUGGCUGUUGAGAGGCCAGAAGUUGAAGCAUGCGGACAUUAGCCUCCUGACAAAACCAUCACUUCUCCCUUCUUUUCUUCUUGAUGUGGGACAGGAAGACACCUGAGGACACAAGGAGUGACAGGAUGGUCCUCUGAUGAUGUUCUAUUCGGGCUCUCAAGCCAGGGAAUUACUCAGUUCAGAAAAGUAGGAGGAGAGGUGUGAGCUGACCAGAUAGGUGUACAGAAGCUGCGUUUCUUCUCCAGCCAUGACAGAGCCAACUUCAGUGCCUCACCACGGCUUCCAGUCUCAAUGCGAGGCCAGUUCACCUUCAACCCAUGACACCAUACAGCGUGGCAUUGUCAUCCAGCUAACCACAGCCAAGAAUGAGAAUGAGUGGGUACAGCUGGAGGAACAGAUGUCACUCCCUCAUAAAGAUACAGCCUGUUCUUUGGAAGGAAAAAAUCCUGAGGAGCUCCACGAUGUAACAUCUCUUACCUCCAUCUCGCAGUGCCUGCCACCCAGAAGCCAAGCCUCCCUGAGUGAGACAUACAGCCCUUGUGGUUCUAAGCCUACGGUGAACCUGGUAAAAUCUCUGUCUACAGAGAUUGAGUCGCGGGAUGCCUCCUCCACACUGAAAGCACGACCCCUUUUGAGCCUUGUCAAGUCCAUUUCGACAGAGAUCUCCCGUCACGAGCCAGAGGUCACCCAAUCCAAGUCCGACUCAAGGCUCAAUCUACACCUGUGGAAGCAGCUCACCCAACCCAAGGCACGAAAUGGUGACUCCAGAACAGCACCCCCUUCACCCAGCAUUUCGCCAUCAGAAAGCAGAGGGCCAUUCUUUAAGGUCCCUGAAGUAGAGGCCAGACUGGAGGAUACCAGGAGGAAACUCUCUGAAGCCAUGCAGGAACCCCUGAGCCGGCUGAGCAAGAUCAUUGGUGAUGAGACCUCUGGCACCUUCCGGCCUCGAGCCAACAGUGCUGGCUCCGCAAAGACUGGAGCUCACGGGGUAGAACUGGCAUGUGACCGGCUGCCUACAUACGAGGUGCCAGCAAUCCCCAAGAAAAAAUGCCAAGGCAAGCAAAGCUCCUCCUCGGACAGCAGCAGCCACUAUGAGAUUUGCACAUAUGGAGAUGUUCUCCAGGUGGUGGAAAUUGAGCCUGUAUUGGAAAAUGCCAGGAUAAUGUCAGAGAUUUCAAGCAAGGUCCCCCUGAACACCCACAAGUCUGUACCCACCAGACUGCUGUUUUACAUCGCUCUACUAACAUAUGGCUAUCUUGUCUUGCCAGUGCCACCCUACGCCUCCGGCCUUUUCUUUGGACUGGUGACCGGCUUCUUGCUGGGUUUGUCUGUUAUCUUCCUGAUGGUACCUAGGAGCUCAGCUAACAGAAAUUUGCCAUCCACCCCAGAAUGUUCACUACAUGAAAGUCCCUUGCAGGAUCCUGAUGUUCUGAAGGGUUGGCUCAAUGAGAUGUAUACCUACGAUCCUGAAUUCUACCACCCAUCACUCAUGCACUCAGUGUAUGCCAGACUUGAGGGAUCCACCCUGAGGCUGUCAUAUCCCAAAUACAACAUCCCCCGAAGUGUAACUUAUGAUGAUCUUCCUCCAGAUGUGCCCUUGGUCAGCCAUCGUAUGGUCCAGCUGGCAGAAAGCAAGGUCUUCCUUGUCCCUCCAGGUCUGGCCCAUAAGAGGACAUGGAACAAAAAGUAUCCAAUCUGCAUCCUGUUGGCCAAACCUGCUGAGUCUGGGCCUUGCAGCCCACCUGAUGAGGAUUCUGAUGAGCUCCCCAUCCCUCAAGAGCCAAGUAGGAAGGCCCCGAUACCUACAGCCAAUCCUCCAGACAAUGUGCUCUACCUCUUUGGGCGGACAGCACGGGAUAAGGAGGAGUGGUUCCAGCAGCUCAUCUUUGCCUCCCAGAUGCUUGCAGAUGACAAAGGAAGUCCUGUGAGGUGUGGGUCCAAAUGUGCUAUUCCUCUGAAUCGUUGCUCCAGCCCUUCAGCUUCAUUGAUUUGCAGUGGUGGAUCUAGCCGGGGCAGCACUGAGGACAUUCCCUCACUGUGCCGGGCCAGAGACCUAGCAGGUGGUGUCCGGAAGAAGAUCCUGCUUGACUACCACACCUACAUGGCCCAUUUCAUCCAAGGGGAGCUUUCAAGUCCUCUGCUGAGCCCAUGUCAUAGUGCUGCUGGCAGCCCAACGGCCAAGAGAAAGGUGCCUGGAGGGGGUCUGUUCUUAUCAGCAGUGCCAGCAGGCACCGGUGAGGCACAGCACUCCUGGAUAAAUGCUCUCCUAGGCCGAAUAUUCUGGGAUUUUUUGAGGGAGAAGUACUGGGCUGACCAAGUGGCUCACAAAAUCCAGAAGAAGCUCAGCAAAAUCCGGCUCCCUUAUUUCAUGAAUGAACUUACCUUGACAGAUCUCGACUUGGGAACAGCUGUGCCACAUAUUCUGAGUGCUUCUCGGCCAUCCAUGAACAGCAGAGGUUUGUGGGUGGAUCUGGAAGUAACCUACACUGGAUCACUGCAAAUGACUCUGGAAACUAAAAUGAACUUGUGCAAACUUGGGAAGGAGUCCACUUGGGACAGCAGCCAGGAGCUAGAGCUGGGGCAGGAGAGGUCAAAGGGUCGCACCAUUCUCCUCGCAGAUAGUGAUGAAGAGUCCUCAAGUGCUGGGUCUUCAGAGGAUGAGGAAGUCUUACCCACUGAGCUUCAUGGAAACCAAGGAGAGAAAAUAGCUCCUACUGGCACUGAUGGCCAUGGUAGUGGAACCCGUACUGGCCGGAGGAUCCUCCGCUUUGUGGACAAAAUUGCCAAAUCAAAGUACUUCCAAAGAGCCACUGAGAAUGAGUUCAUCAAAAAGAAGUUUGAGGAAGUGUCCAAUAUGCCACUGCUGCUGGUGGUAGAGGUGCAAGAGCUGUCAGGAAUGCUCACUAUCAACAUUCCACCGCCACCCACUGACCGUAUCUGGUACAGUUUCCGGAUUCCUCCACGGCUCGAACUGAAGGUGAGGCCAAAGCUGGGGGAGAGAGAGGUGACCUUCACUCAUGUGACUGAGUGGAUUGAAAAUAAAUUGCAGCAGGAACUCCAGAAAGUCUUUGUCAUGCCAAACAUGGAUGACUUGCAUCUUCCCAUCAUGUGCUCUAGCCUGGAGUAUUUGGACCAACUACCUGAGGACUUCCAAGGAACAGCAGAGGAUGACAGAGAGUCCACAGCCAAGUGAUGUAUAUGCAAACAUGGGAGACAUGUUCAAAUCUUCUGUCUAGCGAAACUAACUGGGCAAGGGCAACUAAACUGGUCACUCUGUAUAAGCUGUUGGGGAGAUUUGGCUGCUGGUUGGACAGUAAUGAUCCAGUUCCAAAACGGCACAUAUGCAUGUGGACAUGUUCUUGCUCAGGACUAUGGCAGAGACUAAAGAGGAGACAAACUGUGAGAGUGGUUCCUUCACUACUGACUUAUCCUGUGACACAGCUAGUCACUUUGCUUGCUUUUGUUCUUGUCUCAAGAAUAUAAAUGCCCACAAUAUUUUUAUUACA